AUGAACAGCUGGGACCUGUGGAUUGCAGAGAAAGCUUUUCGCAUUGCCGAAGUGGAGGCAUAUUUGCACAGCCCGCAUCAUGCUGACCCGUAUGCCCAUGGGGACGAAGGGCAAGCAAGUUGUGGCGUGUGGUACUUCCACAGAAAGGGUGGCACCUACAAAAGCGGGAGCUUCAAAGGAAUGGACUUGGCAUGCGGGGACAAAGAGCAGAACGUGUUUGCCGGUCUGCUAGUCCGAGCUGUGAUAGACUCUUCUGACAAGUUGAUCGAAGGGCCUUGCUUGGUCGUGGACAAGAUCUUGGAGCUAAAUGGCAAAGAAUCCAUUGCUGCCUUUGCAGCAGGGCGAAGUGCCGCAGAACUUCCUGCUGCCAGCACCGAAGGACUGCGUUUGGCACCAGCACUUGAAUCCCGCUCAGACCACGUCCGUUGCUCUGCACGUGUUGGCUUGGUUCUACGUGAGGAAGCAGAGAAUGCUCUGAAGGGUCCGAAGACUCACAUGCAUGGUCGGCCUGUUGAGUUUUGCACACGACCCUAUCGCUUCUCAACAGCUGCUUCACGCUUGACCAAGUAUAGGAGUGGCUUUGUGGCCACCGCCCACUUGUCAGGUACUUUGGAUGGGGACAAACUUGGGCUCUCGGCUCAGAACUUCUCCAAGUAUGUGAAAGCUGCAGAAGCAGGAAGGUCCAGAGGAGAUCCAUCACAGUGGGUCAACAAGAAAAUCAGCACACAGCCUGAGCUUUGCGAGCUGAUCGGUGCGUGUCAUGGUGCGCUGGAAUCGUUUGAUUAG